AUGCCCACCCCCGCCCAAAAAUCAACGUCAACGACACCGUCGCCAAUGCCGCCGCCGCCACCACCACCAUCCGCUCCCCCUGCCGGUGCCGGCUCGUACAAGUCUUCGGACUCCUCAGCGCGCAUCUCAUACCAAACGCUGAAGGUCAAGAAGCAGGCGAAGCGCAAGCGUCAGCUCAUGGCAAAGGGGGAUCGCCAGAACAAGAAGAACUGGGCGGAGGGCUACACCGAGGAGCUCGCGAAGGGAGGCAAGGCCGCCGCCGAGUACGCCGUCAAGGUCUGCCACGAGCUGAAUUACAAGGUUCCAUAUUACUUGGCCGACGACCAAGAGCCCGACACCAUACCGGAGUAUGACCACGAGAACCCUCCUCCGCUUCCCAAGCUGUCGGACGAGGAGGAGAAGAAGCGCGCCGCCGCGCUGGUCAUUCGAAACAAGCGGGUGGUGAAUUGGCUUAACUACCGCGCACGCAAGGUCGUUCCCGUCGUACCAAAGGGCUCGCGCGACUUCCACAACGCCUUCGUCCUGUGGAUGAUGCGCUUGACGGGGAUGUCCGGAGCACCGAAGAAGGCGCGACAAGGCUGGCAGCAGUAUCAGCACGAGAAUUCGGAGUUCGUGCAGGAUUCCGCGCAACGCGCCUGGGAUGCAAAGAGGGCGAAGAAGGCAGGGGGAGGCGGAGGGGGCGAAGGGGCCGAUGGGUCUGAGGGCGGUCGCGUCAUCAGCGACGGCAAGAAGAAGAAGGGCGUGGGCUUUACAUCGGAGCAUGCGCGCGAGCUCUUCAAAGAGCUGCCCGCUGAUGAGCGUCGCGCGCUUAAAGAGCGCGCGCAAGCGGAGAAGGAGGCGGAGAAGGCCCUUUGGGAGAAGGCAAUCAACGCUCCGCCUUCCCGGGACCCGAAGGACGUUCAAGCCGCGCGCAAUGCGCUUCCCUCAUUCCUUAACCCCAUCCUCGACGGCAUCAACCAGAACGUCGGCGAUGCGCAUGUGCUUGUCUUGGUUGGCGGCCGAGAGCCUAAGAAAGGCGGGAUUGUCACUGUACAGCACUACGACGUCGGCACGAACAAGCAAGAUCUCCACUUCAGCGAGUGGGACAAUAGACGUUUCCACCGCGACGUCCUCGGUCUCUUUGGUGAAUAUCUGACCACAGUAUGGGAUGACGACGAGUGCGCCAAGAUGGCGCUAGAAGGCCCGUUGGGAGGGGAGGGGACGGACGAGGAGCAGGAUGAGGAGCCGGAGGAGGAUCCUCUGGGCCAUGCCCACUACCGCUUCGAUAGCGGUGAGGACGGCGAGAACGGCGAGAACGGCGAGAACGGCGGGAACGGCGAGGAAGAGGGCGGUAAUGAGGAGGAGGAGACCGGCGGCGGCGAUGGAGGCGAUGGCGAGGAGGGUGGUCGCGUUGAAGUGGGCGGCGGCGGCGAUGAAGAGCGCGUUGAGGAUGACGUUGAGCAACCGCCUAGCAAGCGUCAACGUAUCGGCGAUGUCGUAUCGCAAGAGGGUGGGCGUGGCGUACCUGCGGCUACGUCCAUUGCCGUUGGGACUGGCGAGCAAAGCGCCCAAGCGCCUUCUGCGAAGCCGCCACGCCCGCGGCCACGACCUACGCGUGCUUCGACGCGGAAAGGAGGUGCUGCUGUUCAGCCCACGGGCCAGUCUCCCGCAACUACGGUCGCCUCUGCAGGGGUCAGUCUUGUCGCCGGUAUCCCCAUCGAUCCUGAGCUGCUCGCGCCGCCAUACACGCAGACCAUCCAUCCAGGCGUGGAGAGUAGCACACCGCCUACCACGAGCCCACCCCACCCUACGACAAACAUGUCCACGCUAGCACGCACCCGAGCCUCGCGUACAGCUGCAUCGGCAACGUCUGCACACGCACCUUCCGAAGACCUUGCGGUGGUAUUUCCAGACGUGCCGGAUGAGGCGGCGGCGUGGUUCGCGUCCGCGAUGGGAGUUCUGCGCGUCGAACUAGGGGGCGAAUGGGUCCGGCUGCUGCAGGCUUGGGCGAGCCCGCUCGACGGCGUUCUCGACGAGUACGAUGAACAUCGUACCAUGGGCGAGGGCCUUGCCUGCGAGGAGACUGAAGAGGUAGUAGAAUGUACUACCGGAAAGCGUAAGCACUACAACUCGCGCUGGAAUGGGCAGUAUUGGGACAAAUCUAUCACCCUUACCGACCUCGGCCUUGUCUAUCAGCUUGGCCAUGGAGGACACCCUUGCCCCGCCCCCUCCCCUCGCACGUCCCUCACAUCUAUGACGCUGAUCUCACCCACCGGCAUCAGCCGUAUCGCCAUCUCAUACUGCGGCUGCAGCCGAUCUUCGAACACGACCCGCGUGCAACAACUAUUGCGCGAAGGCUGGUACCCGGCGACUACGCAGGAGCCGAACACCUGCGCAACAUUUGAGGCCCUUGAUCACUUCGAGCUUCUUGCCGUCGUCGCAAACGUCAACGUGCGCGACUAUAUCUCGACUCUCGAACGCGCCGGCGACGCCCUUCACUUAGGAAAGAUGCCGGAUGUUUACAAAGCGUUCGGGCGGAUGUCGCGUCAGUGGGGGUUUCUCCUGCGUAUGAAGAGGGCAGGUCGUGCACACGACAAGGCUGGGAUAGGAGGGACUAUCGAGGGAGGCGCGGCGGUUCGGUGCUGGGCGUGUCCGCGAGAUGGCGUGAACAUGCCGCCGGGCUGGCGCGACGCGGACACUCAGUCGAAGUUCAUCCACACGCUCUUCUUGUCCAACGACGCCAACUUUCGCCUCAAAAACCGGUUGCGCCACAACGCACGGCCAGACGGCCCUUUAGGGCCAGGUUUCGGCUGCAUAGUGGAGCCUACAAAGUACCUGGACCAUGUCAAGCGGUCGGCGUCCGAGGCGGAUAAAAACACAAAGCUUACGACGGGAUGCCGUGUCUCCGGAGCGGGUGCAACGUCAUGUACUCGGCACGAGUGCAUAAGACCCGCAGGAUUUGGGGACCUGCAAAAGGGCGAGCGAUACGCAAAUAUGGAUUAUAUUUUCUGGUCCGCGCUCACCAACGAGCGCGUCGACAAUGUCAUGGUCACAUACGACAUUGGAUGCCAGUGGAAGGUCAACCUCCUGAGGCGCCUCGACGAUAUGCCGGACCAUCUGCGAGGCACCGGCUCCCGUCUCGCCAUCGACGUACGCCUUCCGGUUUGGCACGGCAACGUGCAUGAGCUGUCGUGCAGGACGGCCAACUCGGUGCGCUAUGCAAAGGGCGCGGGUAAGCCGGACGGCGAAGGCCCCGAGCGGAUAUGGGCGGGGAUGAACAGCAUCGCGUAUGCCACCAAGGAGAUGGGUGCUGGUGUGCGCGAGGACACCAUUGAGCGGUUCACUGGCCAUCAUAAUAUGCAGAAGAAUGCUGCUUUCGGCCCUACCCUCGAACGACGGCACAUGAUCGCCUGCGAGCAAGCCCUUCAACGCAAGCAGGAGCUCGCCGAUCUUGAGCGCGACCUCAAGCCCGCCACGCUCAAUAGCUGGCGCAACAUGUACACGGCAUACGAAGCAAACUCCUCAUCGGCGAACCCAUUCAUGCCGCAAGUCGCCGCCCCGCCUUCAGAGCAAGCCGUGAAGGCCCAGUUGGUGCAGGAGGAGGCAGACUCGGCACGGCACGGCAAGGCACCCAUGCGCGCAACGUCGAAGACGACGUUCAUCGUCGCCGCCUUGCAACUCGAGGACCAGCAGCGACGUAUCGCAGCUUUGACGAAGGAUACUACAACCGCCGCAAUUGAGCGCCAGCGCAGCGUCCAAGAGGCUCGCCUUGCGUGGUUCAAGAAACUGGCCCGCUUCCGACACCUUCAAGAACUAUAUAUGCCCGGCGCCGUCCUCAAGAUUCGCGCGGAGGAGGACGCGCGCCCUGCUGACGCCACACCACCCAAUGCGGAGGACAUCAAGCUCUGGCUGCCGUCGGACCUCACACAUCAAGAACGUGAAGAAGGCUGCGUGGACGACCUGGCUCGAAUCGAGGUACGCCUGCGCGUGGCGCAGGCCACUGAUGCGUUGAGGAAGAUCCGCGAGCAGAUGUACGCAAAACAUUACCUGAUCAACGAGCGCAAUGCAGGCGUCGUCGGGCAGCGCGACUCUACGCGGGCUCGUCAAAUCAUUGAGCGUGUCGACGGCCACAUCGCCCACCAUCGUGACAAGUACCGCCGCGCGCGCGCCUCUCUCCACCGCCUCGAGUCGCCAGACAUCUACCCGGACUUCAAGGAACUCAGGGAUGGUGAUCUCACGAUGGACGACGACCGAGAAGCGGACGGCGCGAGCACGAACCGCCUAGCCGUUGCUGGCUCUCGCGGCGCCAAGGUCAUCGCGACAUCGCGCAAGACUGACACCGACAACACUCGCCAUGGUCGCGAAAUCGCAGCCGUCCGCCGCGCCGAUGGGCGGCGCAGUCUCACGUCCUGGAUUUGGACAUGCUUAGGAGGGCCCGUUCAAGACGAGGAGGCGCAGGUCCAUGACGGUGAGCAUACCUUCUUGAAGUAG